AUGCAGAAGCGGCGGGCGAGGGUUCAGGGCGGCUCGGGUGGAGCCCUGUUCUUGGGAGCGGUGCUGAAAAGUCUCCACCUGGAGCGCAGCGCGGGCGCCAGGCAGCUGCCCGCACGUUUAUUAAAGGUGCCCCCGCCCCGCGGCCCCGCGCGCGGUGCUCCGCCUUUCCUCGCUCCCCGCCCGCUCCCACCCUCCAGGGACCUGCAGGGCCGGUCCCCCACUCCCAGGCAGGGCGAGCGACGGAGGGGAGGUGGACCUGAGCCCUCGAGAGGAGGACGCUUGGAACCUGCAUCCCGCCAAAUCCUCACCCCCGCGCGCCUAGCGUUUGGCAUCGCCGAGCGCGCACACGGAUGCAGCGUGGCACCCGGCGGGAAGGACGCCCAGUCCAGCGUCUCUUGCAGGAUUACAGCCGCUUCCUUUGGCGAAAACCCUCGCCGGCGGAACCCGGGAGGCCGAGCGCGGCGCGGUGCGUCCGGCUCUGGGCGUGCGCCCUGGUUCGGGUACGUGGCGUCCUGCCUGAGCCUCGGGAUGGGGGAGGGGGACGCGGGGGCGCACGUCCGUCGGGCUCUGGGCUCCGAGCCUGGCGUGCUCACCCAGGAUGCUCGGCUUCAAUCACUUAUUACCAAUGCAUUCCAUGAUGAAGGAUUUCAGAAAAUCAAAGAAUAUUUUCAGGGACAGCGCCAUGUUCCUCAAAAAUAUAACAGUCUUUUAUUACGCCAUCUUGACAGAUCAAUAAAUAAGGAACUGGAUAAAAAUGAAUUCCAGCAUGUUUCUCUGUUGCUGAAAUGUAUCCAGCGAUUCUUCAUUGAUGGCCUCAAAGAAGAUGAGCCUUUACUGAUUAAGCAGGGUCUGAUCCCAAAGAUGGUUUCCUGGUUUGAAAGAACAGUGGGAUUUCUGACCAUGGCAGACCUAGCCUCAGACACAUCUCUGAAGAACGUGACAGAAGAUUUUUUUGACACAGCCUUGACUAUUUCCAGAAGUAGUAGUAAAGGGAAAAUUCAGAUGUUGAAUUCCUUCAUAUUGACCUUGGGAUUUCUAGUGACAGAAGAAGCUGUAAAUCCUUUGAUCCAACGGGAGGCACUGAGGACCUUGAACGGCAUUCUGCAAGCUGUCCCUCGGGAAGAGAGAAAACGGCUCCUCUUGUUGGAAGGCCCCUGUCGCCUUAUGAAAGACCUUGCAAGGACAAUCUUGACUGUGGGUGAUUAUGACCAGCAGGUGGCUCUCUGUGAAGCGUUGUGUAGACUGACGAUGAGAAAAUCCAGGGAGGACUUUGUCCCUCAGUGGUUUGAAGAUGACACCAUAGCUAAGGCUUUCAAAGAAAUUAACGACCGAGAAUUUGAGACGGAUUGUAGACGGUUUGUCAAUCACCUAAAUGACAGACUUGGUGACCAAAGAAGGGUCUAUUCAUUUCCAUGCCUUGCUGCUUUUGCUGGUGAGCAUGAGAUGAGAAAACCUGCAGAUGAAAAAUUAGAGAAAUUUUGGAUUGAUUUCAACCUAGGGAGUCAGAGUGUAACUUUUUAUAUAAACAAUCCUGAGAGUGAUCUGUGGGACUCAGUAAGACUUUUGAAGGAAGCAGUGAUGAAUUUCAGCAUACUGGAAACUGAGAUGAAGAUGCUCAAAAUUUACCUGAAGAAGCCAAUUAAUAUCCGAAACAAAGAAGUGAUGAAAAUAGAAAUCCAUUUUGAACUGCAAUUCAACAUAUCACAAGCUUCCAUUAAAGCUUUAGGAGAAGACAAACAGGUGAUGCCUGACCAGACAAAAAUCUCAGCCGUUUUUGGUGAAUUAGAGAAAGAAGACCCUGAGAUUCCUAGCAGCCACAAAAUAGAGACAGACCAAGCAAAGGACUCCACCGAGCCGGCAGAGGUAACCGGGGCUGAAGACAACCACCACCUGAUAACUGUCCCCUUAAACAAUCAGUCUGAGCCUGCUUUUGAUUAUAGGAAACACCUUUUCUCGGAGAGUAAUCAAGAUUCAAGUAGUAGUGGCAGUGAGCUGUCUUGGGCCGGUAACCGAAAAAGGAAAUCCUUGAAGUCGUAUCCUAGUAGGAAAAAGACAAGAACCAGGAGAAGCAGCUUAAGAGUCUUGCCGCCUUUCCCUCCCAGUAGUGGCAGCGACCUUGAGAAAGAUCGAGUUAAAAUUCUAACACCCUUAUCGAAGGAUGCCUCCAGGCAAAAUAAUGUCACACCUCCCAAAAUUUCUGGAACCGAAUUUCAGAGUAGUUCUGCCUUUUUAACUCCUGAAGAUUCUGCCCAGAAAACAAAGCUUCACAGUCCAAGCCCAGUGAGCGAUCUUUCUUCGCUGGGGCACUCAGAUGUUGAAGAAAAUGUAUCUAAGUUGCGACUGCGUUUGCUCUGCACGCUGCACAGCAGGCCGGGUGCUGACAGCCUCCUGUCGCCUUCCCUGGUGCGUGCUCACGCUUGGUGCUUCCUCCCAGUCCUGCCGAACACAGCCGACCGUCACGGUGCUAAGUGGAAACAGCCACAAUUGGAAGAUGGUGGUGAACCAGGAGCCCUUUCCUCGGUGGCAGAGGAAGCUGAGUUGGCAGAAGGCAUUUCAACUUCAUCCUUAAACGUUACGCCAGAGAACUUGAAAGGUUCUGUGAUGAUCACCGCUUUUGAAAACUUCACUAGAGAACUGAAAAGAAACUAUGAGCUUAGGUACAGAAGGAGCCCACUUUAUUCCAAAAAUGCAAAGGAAGUACCAGAUUGCCUGAUAGAACUUUUAAACCAGAUAUAUCGUCGCAGACUGAAUAAACUAGAACAGUUUCACAGCUUUGUUCUUCAAGAGCUGAGCAAUCUUGACAAGGAUAUCGACGUUCUCCAACACCUUGAGGACGAUGUUCUGGAAUUUUGGGGGAAGCAGUCGGCUGACCUGAAAUCGUUCUGUGAACUGCAGCUGCAGAGUACUGAGCAGAUAAUAGAGAAGCAGACGCCGUCUCGGAUCCGGAGGACUGGCCGCUGGUGGCUGAAACCUCUCUUCCUGGGAACUCAGGACAUGGUGGCUUUGCGACUUGGCCAGGGAGACUCAGGUCUCUGCACCUUCCUGGUGAGAGUGGCCACAGCCAGGCUCCAGGGGAGGCUUGCGGGCAGAGGACUGGGCUUGCCGCUUUGCACGCCCGCUUUGCACGGACGCCUCAUGGCCAGUCCACAGGCUCCCCCCGAGGCCCUGAGGCACGUGCUGGCCCUGCAGCUGCUCCGCUUCCUGGCCGUCUUAUCUGCGGUGUGCACGCCGAGCGCCCACGUCAGACUUGCUGCCAGCCGCCUUCCUGAGGCCAGGCCUCCUUCACUCCCGCAGCUGCGUGAGGUCAGCUUCCGGGGGAUUCACGUGGCUUUCACCUAG